AUGAUGUCAUUUUCUGUUUGGCAUAAAGCGAGUUUUCUUUAUUUUUGCGUACUUUGACUUUUCCCAACCACUUUGACGCACUCGACAAAGCUGGAAUAUUGCUGAUAAUUCGAAUAUAUCAAAAGUCGAUUACCGCACUGACGAGAUUUGAUUUGGAAGUGACAGCCAUUUUGGAGGAAGUAGUCUCAAAAAUUACUGUCACAGACACUGACGUACAGGAAUAAUCAAAAUGUCAGAAUCGUAUGAUUUCUUGUUCAAGUUCCUGGUGAUUGGCAGUGCCGGGACUGGCAAGUCCUGCAUUCUGCAUCAGUUCAUAGAGAACAAGUUCAAGCAGGACUCAAACCACACGAUUGGAGUUGAGUUUGGAAGCAAGGUGGUCAAUGUUGGUGGAAAAGCUGUCAAACUACAGAUCUGGGACACUGCUGGGCAAGAACGAUUCAGGUCCGUUACCCGCAGCUACUAUAGAGGUGCUGCCGGCGCCCUGCUGGUCUAUGAUAUAACCAGCCGUGAGACGUACAAUGCUUUGACCAACUGGCUGACUGAUGCCCGCACUUUAGCCAGCCCUAACAUUGUCAUCAUCCUGGUCGGCAACAAGAAGGACCUUGAGGCUGAGCGUGAAGUCACAUUCUUGGAAGCUAGCCGCUUUGCACAAGAGAAUGAACUUAUGUUUUUGGAGACGAGUGCUCUCACAGGAGAGAAUGUGGAGGAGACCUUCCUGAAGUGUGCACGGUCUAUCCUCACAAAGAUUGAGUCAGGAGAGCUAGAUCCAGAGCGGAUGGGGUCUGGAAUUCAAUAUGGAGAUGCCUCUCUUCGGCGACUACACCGACAGCAACAAGCCACCAAACGACCGGACUGUGCCUGCUAGUCACACCCCCUCCCACCCACCUACUCCGACACAAGGAAGCAGCCCAAUGCUGGGAGUGGUACUUCGGGGUGAUGCCAGCCGCCAUACAAGCUCAUUCCAUCUGUCCUCAGACUGUGUGUAUGUGUGUGAGUGCAAGUGUGUGCCAGUGUGAAUGUGUCUGCAUGUGUGAGGUGAAGAAGAAGAGCAUGACUGUUUCCAUGGAUAGUUUGUCCUGUGGUACAGUGGAAGUAAGUGUAGCUGUGCCCCAGUAGAUCUGACUCCAGUUCUUGUAAGCCUCCAUGGCACGCUCCUCUUGGCUGUUGCUGUGAAAUCAGCUGCUGUUGUAACCACAUUCCAGGAAAACAAGGCAGGAGACAGGAAGUGACAAGCCUGGACUCAUCUCUUGGAAUCUCGUAAAUGUCUGCGUUAUCACAUGAAUGGCUGUGAAUAUUUGUACUCAUGCAACUGUAUCUUAAAUGUAUCUCAUAGUCUCUAAUAUGUGUCAUCAGUUGGUGGCUCAGCCGGCCGCAAUGUGGACACUUGACCAGCUUUACCAGAGAUCCAUCACAAGGACCUCAGUUUGUUGUCAUCUGACGGACUUCAAAACCUCAGUCACAAGAACAGCUCAUCAGCUCAGAAGUGGACAAUUGCCUGGAAUAUUAAUUUCCCGAAAAUUUAUAUUUCAUUGGCACAUUUUUCUAUUGUACAUUGUCAUUAUUUUUAAUUGUUUGUUCUUAAAGGGGAAAAAGUUCAUGAUUGUAUUAGCCAUGUAAGGAUUUAGUGGUCGACAG